AAUCUCUGAGUCUACUUUUGCAUUUACCAAGAGACUGUCGAGGUCCAAAUCCUGAGAAAUAAAGUAUUUUCUAUUAUUUGAUUUGAGUCCACUUCCUAUCCAAACAUUCAAGUAAUAAGGCUGCGUUGAAGACGAAGACUUGUAAGUAAAGAACAUUGUUACAUUUUGCUCUGUAAUUUUUUUUUUUUUAUUCGAGUCAGUUCAUUCAUAGAGAACGGCAUCAUGUGCGAUAUUGAUCGCUUUCGAUUUUGGUUUCGCUUUCGGUUUAGGUUUUUGUUUUUCUGGAUACUUUUUUGUGUUCUUCGUGCCCAAGAUGUGCCUAGUAUUGUUCAUCUUGAGAGCAAUCUUCCCAUUUCAUGGACCAAUUCAAUUACCUACGGUAUGGAAUAUUCUCAGUGGAGCAAAGUCAUGCUUGAAACACAGAGCUUUGAUGGAUUAUACUUCACCUGCGGCUUCAUGCGUCGAAACAUCGACGAAGACAAUUGGCUUUUUGUCGUCUCCCUUGCGCCACAUUCGUUGCAAUCAUCGGUUGGGGAAAUUGAAGAAAUCUCGCCAGCAUCCGCAUGGGCACCAGCCUCUUUCGUAACAGUAGCAGAUGAGCCAACGGCAGUUUGGUCUGCAAAUCCAACCCAUAAGGUUCAGUCCAAUGCAACAGUGGAGCUCACUCCCGAAGCAGGUCUGGUCUUAAAAGACAGUGAUGGAACUUUAGUAUGGCAAACCAACACUUUUGGCAACCUUGUUACGGGCAUGAAACUGUCUGAAAUGGGGAAUCUCGUGCUCUUCGAUCACAAUAAUAUUACCGUUUGGCAAUCAUUUGAUCACCCCACGGACACUCUACUCUUAGGCCAAAAGUUGAUGCCUGGGCAAAGUCUCAUCUCUGAUGGAGGUUUGUUCUCAUUUUUCCUCACAAGAAAUGCUUGUCUGGUUCACACUCUCUCUAAUCCUCCCCUCGUCUAUUCUUCAUUUUCUAAUGGUACAAAAGCGAACGACAUUAAAUUCACUAAUUCAAGUUCAGGUUCAUCAAUCAUUAUCGAAUAUUCAGAUCAUAAUUCUUACUCGAUUAGUCAAAUUAGUUUCGAGGACUCAUCAGUAGGAAAAUACAUCAAGUUUGAGUCGGAUGGUCACCUGAAAGCAUAUGAGAACAAAUUUGGAUAUAUGAGGAGUUUAGUCGCUGAUAAUCUUCUAGGUCUCGAUGCAUGUGAAUACCCAAUGGUGUGUGGGGAGUAUGGUGUUUGCUCUGUUGGGGGGCAGUGCAGAUGCCCUUUGUUCGGACUUACUACUGCAAGCUACCUUAAGCCUAAAGAUUUGCAUAGGCCUGAACUUGGUUGUAUUCGGAUCACACCCUUGUCUUGCAAAUCUUUGCAAAACCAUAUUCUUGUAAAGUUGGAAAAUAUCACUUACUUCCCUUUUAUUCAAACACAAUAUUUUGUGAAUUUCAAUAUAACAAAUAUUGAGAUUUGCAAGCAGGCUUGUUUGAAGAAUUGUUCUUGCAAAGCUGCUGUGUUUGAGCAUGCAAUUGGCAUUGGCACUAAUGUAUCAGAUAGCAUUGCCUUUAAUGGAUCAAUAUAUUCAUCAGAAGGAAGAUGCUAUUUAGCACCCCAGGUAUACUCACUGAUUGAAAGUGAAUCAGGAAGAAGGGUGGGAGGAAGGGUGGUAUUUAUAAAGGUCCAAACUGAAAAUCAUGGCCAUCAUACUGUUUCCAUCAUCUUGGGAUCUAGCUUUGCUGCUUCUUUUGCUCUGUUUCUUUUAAUAGUUAUUCUAAUAUAUUGUUUUCAACGGAGAAAAUAUGCAAGGGUGGCUGUUGAAGAUAAUUUAGAUCAAAUACCAGGAAUCCCCAAAAGAUUUACUUAUGAAUUCUUGAAAGCGUCAACAGAGAAUUUUAACAAAAAGCUCGGUAAAGGAGGAUUUGGGUCGGUUUAUGAAGGAACUCUCAAUGACGGCAGCAAAGUUGCCGUGAAGCUUCUUAAUGGUUCUCUACAUGUUAAGAAGUCUUUCUUGGCUGAGGUCAAGACAAUAGGCAGGAUUCACCAUUUCAAUUUGGCAAGAUUGGUUGGGUAUUGUGUUGAGAGUUCGUGUUGGGCUUUAGUUUAUGAAUAUAUGUGCAACGGGUCAUUGGAAAAUUGGAUCUUCCAGAGAAACAACAAUUUCUCUCUUGAUUGGAAGACUAGAAGGGAGAUCAUCCUCGACAUAGCCAAGGGGAUGGCCUAUCUCCAUGAAGGAUGCCAGCAGAAAAUAAUUCACUUGGACAUUAAACCCCAAAACAUCCUUUUGGACAAAAAUUUCAACGCAAAAGUUUCUGAUUUUGGACUGUCCAAGUUAAUUGAAAGGGAUCAAAGCCAAGUUGUGACGACAAUGAGAGGAACUCCAGGAUAUCUAGCACCUGAAUGGCUGAGCUCUGUUAUUACAGAAAAAGUUGAUGUUUACAGCUUUGGAGUUGUGAUGUUGGAAAUAGUGUGUGGGCGGAAAAUUUUUGAACAUUCUCAGCCAGAAGAAUGCAAGCAUUUGUUAAGUCUUUUCAAGCAGAAAGCAGAGGAGGAUCAACUGUUGGAUAUGGUUGACAAGAGCAGUGAGGAUAUGCAAUUACAUGGGGAAGAAGUCGUGGCGAUGAUGAAGGUGGCAGCAUGGUGUUUGCAAAGUGAUUUUGCAAAGAGGCCUUCCAUGUCACUUGUGAUUAAAGCCUUGGAGGGUGUGGCGGAUGUUGAAGACCCUUUGGAUUAUAACUUCUUCAGUCCUCCUUUUGGAAGAACCAUUGCUGCCGUUGAUGUAGCAAGAGAUGAUGGCAUUAUGGCUUCAUCAAUAUUGCCAUCACUUUUAUCAGGACCAAGGUGAAGAAAAGGUACAUUUCACUAGUAUUGUUUGGGAGUGAAAUGAUUUUGUUUUUACCAUUUGGUCUUCAGAUAUAAUCUAUCUUCUUGAACACGGAUAUAGCAUUAGAUUUUGCUUGUGUCUGUUUGUAUGCCCUUUUUCCCAUCUUUGUAUUAUCCUGCAUUCAUUUUCUACCUUGCCAUGAUCAAAUUCUCACUAGGGGCCUGGUGGAACAGAAACUGUUUCCACCAUUUCUAUUUAGUAUGAUUAUGUAGGAGAAUCUGCAUACAAGGAUUUUUUCUUGUACA